AUGAAUGAACUGGAAGAAUAUAUGAUACAAAAGCAACUCCCGAUAAAUUUGAGGAAGAAGAUCACCACCUAUUACCAUUUUAAAUAUCAAGGAAGUUACUUCAAAGAAGACUUAAUCACCUUCUUGCUUUCAGAUAAUCUCAAAAAGGAUAUAAACAUGGGGAUUUGUAGAUACUUGAUAUCCAACGUGUCCAUUUUCAAAGAACUUUCGAAAGAUCAAGUCAGCGAUAUAGUGCAGGUUCUGAUAUCGGAAAUCUUCUUACCCAACGACGCAAUAAUUCAAGCAGGUACCAUUGGAGAAGCGAUGUACUUUUUGGCUAGUGGCACAGUUGCUGUUUACACCCAUUCUGGCAAAGAAAUUUGCCAUUUACAAGACGGCGCAUACUUUGGAGAAAUAUCUCUAGUAGUGAAGGGACAAAAAAGAUCGGCAAGUAUUAGUGCAGUCGAAAUUUGUCACAUUUACAGAUUGAAGAAGUCUGAUUUUCAAAAAACGUUGAUGAAGUAUAGGCAGAUAUAUCAGUCGAUCAUAAAUACUGCUGAAUUGAGGUUAAAGGAGACCUCGCACGUGGAGGAGACGUACAAGAAAACGUUAUUUGAAGAAACUUAUACUGAUUCAACAGUACGUGAACAAUUACAGUCGCAACAUUAG